AUCCCGUCAGUCUUCUUCCUAUUACCCCAUCAACCAUGGGUCGCCAAUCUGAGCGAUCCUCGAGCGCAACAGCAAUUACCACGGCCGACGACCUCCUGGUGCUGCGUUAUCGCUCGUAUGCUUGUCGCAUUCGCAAAAUGCUGUAUCUCGGCGGUGUCUUGCAAGACCGUACACACCCAGUCGUUCAAUCGUACGUCACAAGUCUCUUGGUGAUUUUCAUGUGCCUCAAUCAAGUUAUCUGCGUACUCAAUUUCUGCCGAGAUCACUUCAACAAUCUGUUGAUCGUAUUCAAGUGUCUUGGCCUGGCUACCAGUUUCAUCACGCCUUUUCUGAUGGUAUUCCUAGCAAAACGCGUACUACAUAUAUGUAGAAGACGUUGCCGUUUGGCCGUUCACGGUCGGAGAAAUCCGCGUAAUCGUCUCGAUGAUUGUUCAAAAGUUCUAAUAGAAAAUUUGUUUCUUGAAUCGUGCUGCUUCCUGGUGAAACGGGAGAAGCUGCUCGAGCUGCACAAUACGUUGAACCAAAUUUUUGAACAGGAGCUAGCGCGAGACGAAAGGACCAAAAAGACCAUGCUCGUAUCUCUGUAUGCAUCUGAUAGAUCUUCUUACGCACUGGUCUUUAUGUUAGGCUUUACGGUUGGGUUUCAUAUAUUGUCCGGGAUAAUGAACGUGAUCAUCCAGCCAUUAAUCUUCCAUUCGACAACUGUCCCGAAGUCCAAAUGGCCGUACAAGUUCCCGUGGUCGUCAAACAGCGAUACUUUCUUCUACCUGCUGUUUCUGUAUCAGUCAUUCACCUGCUGGUGGAUAGUGUUCACCAUCGGUGCGGUUGACAGUCUCUUCGGCUUUUACGCGUUCCAGAUCUCCUCGAUAUUGCGAGCCAUGUCCGCACGGUUGAUGAAUCCACGACCUGACGAGGUGUUCUCCGUGGUUCUAAAAUCAUGCGUGCAGACACAUCACCGACUGCAGAAGUCCGCAAGUCUAUUGGAGGACGUUUAUGGACUUAUUAUCCUACGGAUGAUCCUCGCCAACGCCGUGCUCAUGUGCACAUUGAUUUUCGAGGCGAGCACUCGUGGAUUAUUUUCUAAGGUAACACAUACUGUAACAUGUCGCAAUGUCGUUACGAUGACAAUGUUAAUUCGCGCGAGAAGUCAUAAUAAUGCAGACAACAAUAACUUCUACCUAGAUAUUUGUGCUGUUUGGGAACAGUUUACAGACACGGCGAUCGACCAAUUAUGCUUUUCCGUCGUUUGCAUAGCGAUGAAAUUGCUGCAAACGUUUAUCUACGCCUGGUACGGCAGUCUCAUCACGAGCGCGAGUGAGCACUUUCGCGAGGGAAUUUAUUUCGGUGAAUGGCCAGACUCCAAGCUCGAUUGUCACGUGAGAGCGGACAUUGUCAUGAUGAUGUUGCAAAAGCCAAUGGCUAUAACGGCGUUAAAGGUGUCUUCCGUAAAUGUCAACAUGUUUACCAGCAUUUUGAACACCACUUUAUCUUAUUACUUUCUUUUGCAAUCACUGGAAGAGUCUAAGUAAACAACGCAACGUAUCGACUGUUUUCUUUUAUAAGGAUCAGCAAAUGUAUAGAACUGCUGCACAUUAGAAAAAUUUAAUUAAACUAUCAAUUAAUUAUUAAUAGUUUAUAUUAUAUUAAAAAAUUAUCAUAUUUUGUGUGUUUAGUUUAUUUCAAUU